AUGGACCCUGCAACACAACUGGGUCUGACAAAUGGUGGCACAACAUCUCCUACUCAUUCCCAUGACGACGAUGGCUGCAGCAAAACCAACCUUAUUGUUAAUUAUUUACCACAGACAAUGACACAAGACGAUAUACGUUCCUUAUUCUCCAGUAUUGGUGAAGUUGAAAGUUGUAAAUUAAUUAGAGAUAAACCCACAGGUCAGAGUCUGGGGUAUGGUUUUGUGAAUUACAAAAGAAUAGACGAUGCUGAAAAAGCUAUUAACACAUUGAAUGGUUUACGCCUACAGAAUAAAACCAUUAAGGUUUCGUUAGCUCGCCCAAGCUCAGAAAGCAUAAAAGGAGCCAAUUUGUACAUAAGUGGCUUGCCUAAAUCUUUGACUCAAUUGGAUUUGGAGAAAUUGUUUUCCUCUUCUGGAGUAAUAAUUACUUCAAGAAUUCUAUAUGACCAAAUCACAGGUUUAUCGAAAGGUGUUGGCUUCAUAAGAUUUGAUACAAGAAUUGAAGCCGAGAGAGCCAUACAGAAAUUAAACGGUUACAUCCCUGAAGGAGCAACUGAACCUGUCACGGUUAAAUUUGCAAAUUCUCCGAGUUCCAAUAAAAAUAUGGCUGCCAUGGCACCAUUAGCUUUGGCAACUUAUUUAUCUCCAACAAGAAGAUUCUUUGGACCCAUUCAUCACCCAACAGCGACCAGUAGAUUCAGGUAUUCACCAUUGGACCCUGGUCUUUUACCAAACACCUUACUACCCAGUACAACUCCAACUGCGGCAACCACAUCAGCUUCAUCAACAUCUCUCAAUACCAAUGGUACUGGAUGGUGCAUAUUUGUUUAUAACCUAGCUCCUGAUACUGAAGAUAGUGUUUUAUGGCAGUUGUUUGGACCCUUUGGAGCUGUACAAAGUGUCAAAGUUAUCCGUGAUUUCCAAACACAGAAAUGUAAAGGCUUUGGUUUCGUUACCAUGACCAAUUAUGACGAGACUCUCAUGGCAAUUCAAAGUCUACAUGGAUUCACAUUAGGCAACCGAGUGCUACAAGUUUCUUUUAAAACCAAUAAUCGCAAGAUUUAA